CCCUCCUUUACCUACACCACGUCCCUAUUUCUACACCUGUACUAUUACCUUCUCUUUCCCUGCAUUUGGCAGACAACAACCAAUGGAGAGCAGCUACACCACCUAUAACAAGGCUGAAUUUAUCGAGACUGACACAGGAAACAAGGUCAGUCGCCGGUCGCUGAUUUCGGGUAGCCAGAACAUUGUGUUGGGCGGCAAGACAAUCGUUCACAGCAAGUGUACAAUUCGUGGUGACCUGCGGCGGGCAGGCCCUACGCACCAGGCUGCUGUGCUCAUUGGCCGCUUCUGCUCUCUGGGCGAGGCUUCAGUGCUGCGCCCGCCCUACAAGACCUACAAAGGCGUAUUCAGCUACUACCCAAUGAAGAUCGGUGACCACGUCGACAUUGGCGCCAACACCAUAGUUGAGGCUGCAUCCAUAGGCUCGCAUGUGCGUAUUGGAAAAAACUGUGACUGCUGCGAAAUCGAGGACGGGGCCGUCAUUGCGCCGAACACAGUGAUUCCGCCGUUCUCUGUUGUUGCCAAUGGUCCGCCGGCCAGAAUCGUCGCGCAGCUGCCAGAGUCAAUACAAGAUGUCAUUGAAGCACAGUCAAAAGACAAAUACGCCAGAUUUGUUCCUGCGUAG